CACAGAUCUUAGGAAUACGCAGAGCCCUUGUCAUAGAAGUAUUUCCCUUUGUAUAUCUGAGCGAUCGUUUGAGGAGUUCGUGCAAAGACCCCACAGUCGGAGAAGUACCCGCAAAGGCCAGGUUGCCUCUCCGCGCCUGAUCCGAUCCGCGCUUCCCCAAAUCUGGCCCAAACUUUUGGAUUCUUCCAGCAUGUCUCGCGCCUGAAGGACUGCCUGCCCCUCCUUCUUGCCAACUUGGCCUCCAUGUAUUGGUCACUCGUUUAUAUCUCCCCUAUCACCGAAGCUAUCAACGUGGUGAAUACAAGCUACCUAAGCCACCGCGAGCCAUUCUUCGUGUCCUGAUCUGGAACACCCUCCCUUUGAUCCCUCCCAGCGCCUUACUUUUCUUUCUCUCUCUUCGACAAGCUCUCUGCAUUACCAAUUUCCCAUAACGACACACCUUUGACGGACUUUUUUCCUCUCAAAAUAUCACCCACGAAUCUUCCAACUACCAUCCUAACGAAUACCUUCCCUCACCACCUUCGCCACCGUGGCUCCCCUCGCUGACAGACUUCAAUGACACGCAAGAACGCCACGCUCUCCAAGCGUCGCUCCAAACCGAGCCUGAAAGUAGCAACCAGCCAGAACGGCUAUGCGAACGGGAACGGGACCGGCAAAAUGAACAACAAUAUUGAAAUGCGCAAGCGCGACACCUCAACCGAGUCCUCCGGCGAGCGUACCUCACGCGUCCUUCAACACCCCCAAUUCUCCCUCGACAAUGAACCCGCUCUCGUACCUCAAACACCCGUGCUCGCGACAACCAGCUUUCACAAUCUCCCGCGCAAUGACAAGCGGAACUUCCUGCUGCUAUGCGUGCUAUACUUUUUGCAAGGCGUGCCAAUGGGCCUAGCCACGGGCUCUGUACCCUUCCUGCUGAAACCGUACCUGUCUUAUGGGCAAAUCGGCGUAUUCUCGCUUGCCUCAUAUCCCUACUCGCUCAAGUUAUUCUGGAGUCCGAUCGUGGACGCCGUGUGGAGCCCACGGUUCGGCCGUCGCAAGAGUUGGAUCACGCCCGUGCAGGUGAUUGCGGGCCUGGCGAUGAUAUAUCUAGGUAGCCAUAUCGGCGACAUGAUGGAGCAGGCGGGUGCUAAUGGCGGCGAGGGCGUCUGGAACUUUACCUACUGGUGGUUUUUGCUGGUAUUCUUCUGCGCCACGCAAGACAUUGCCGUGGACGGAUGGGCGAUUACCCUCAUGUCACCACCAAACAUCUCCUACGCUUCAACAGCUCAAACCGUCGGCCUGACGGCGGGCCACUUCCUCUCGUAUACCGUUUUCUUGGCUUUCAAUUCCAAGGACUUUGCCAAUCGCUGGUUCCGCGCUGUUCCCGCUGAAGGUGGCUUGAUGUCUCUGGGUGGGUACUUGACCUUCUGGGGAUGGACAUAUCUUCUUGUGACAUUGUGCUUGGCCCUGUUGAAAAAGGAAGACCGCACCAAGGAGCGUGACAGCAUUUUGGAUGUGUACAAAAGCAUGUGGAGCGUUCUCAAGUUGAAGAACAUCCAAACUAUCAUCUUGAUUCACUUGAUUGCCAAGAUCGGCUUCCAAGCUAAUGACGGCGUGACCAGCUUGAAAUUGCUGGAUAAGGGCUUUGGCCAGGACAACAUGGCCUUGGUCGUGUUGAUUGACUUUCCCUUUGAAAUCAUGCUCGGCUAUUAUGCAGGCAAAUGGUCCACCGAGUAUACUCCAAUGCGGCUUUGGGGCUGGGCCUUUGUCGGCCGCUUGGCAGCCGCGGUCUUGGCCCAAUUCACCGUGAUGAUCUACCCCAGUGGCUCAGACGUACCAUUCUGGUACCUGCUGACCGUAAUCGUCGAGCAUGUGGUCUCAACCUUCAUGAACACGGUCAUGUUCGUGGCCAUCUCAGCGUUCCACGCUCGUAUUGCCGAUCCUGCUAUUGGCGGAACUUACAUGACACUUCUCGCAACCGUCUCGAAUCUGGGCGGUACCUUCCCCCGCUACUUCAUCCUCAAGCUCGUCGACCUCUUCACCGAGGCCACCUGCAUCCCACCCACCGUCGCUCCUGCCGCCGACACCCUGAAAGACACCCUCGUCACCACGGCCUUUUCUUGUGCCCUCGAGCCCGAGAAGAACCGCUGUAUCAACGGUGGCGGCGUCUGCGAGGUCGGCCGUGACGGAUACUACAUCACUAACAUGUUGUGCGUGCUCAUCGGCACGGUCACUUUCUUCAUGUUCAUCAAGCCUGCUGCCACCAAGCUGCAGAGUCUGCCACUGCGGGCGUGGCGAUUGGCCCCAGGCUCGGGUGGACGCGAGUAAUUUGUCCGAUGCGGACUUUUGCUCGUGAUGAUUAUGAGCUCGUGUCAUUUGUCUUGGGCCCGUGUACUGUAGUUUGGUAUUUGUAUACUUGGACAGGAUUUAGUCAUAGAGUGACAUUGAAAAGAAUAAAGUUAAUUAGAUUGUUCAAGUUGCCGUAUUUCUUGUGAUUAGAGAGUAAGUAAGAAUGCAUUUCACAGAGCUAAGGGUCUCGUAUUCUUGUCACAUACGAGACGUCUCCUCUUUCUCUCACUCAGUUCGUUUCUAGGUAUAGCCGAAAGUAUCCCCUUCCACGCGUUCCUUCGUUUCAGGGCAUAGUGCCCAAUUACUCUGCCUUUCAGACAUCAGUCCAUCUUCUUCGGGCCAUGUUCUGAGCUUGCAUCAGUUGAAUAAGCUUGCUGUUCGGUACUAUGGCAGGUGGGCGCUCGUAAAAGAACCGCCACAUUGUGUCCGUUGCCGUACUCAAGGCUGCGUAGAAAUGGGUGUCCAUAAAGAAAGCCAUGUCCAUUUUCAUCCAGCCAACAUCCGAAGAGCCUUUAACAGCCUCCCCCUGGUCCUGUAGCUGUUUGGAAUCCUCCUCCGAAGCAGAGUUCAUAUUCCCAGAGCGGGAUUGACUUGACGACCCCCAGAAGCCAUCAACAAAGUUGGCAUGACCCGAACCUGUGGAGCUAAGGCUGCGCAAUGCAUCCUCGUCAACUUCGAAAAAGAACCGAUAUCUUGGAACAGGCUCAUCGUCAUAAAUGAGCUUCUUCUCAGCGCAUGGAUUCUCGGAGGGAAAGGUCUUAGCCACCCAGUCUUGGAAGUGGGCACGUAGCUCUUCCUUGGAAGCUCCAUCAAACUUUGCCUUGUCUUCGACAAAGACAAAAUGAAGUUUAUCGAACAUAGCUUCGUUGAGUUCCAAACGGGGGUCCAGGUCGAUGAUUGAGCGCACUGAAAUGUUGAGUUUUUGCUUGAAGAUGUCCCAGGCUUCGUCGUCUUCGUAUGUGGUGCGAUAGAAGACCCAGCCCCAUUUUUCUAUUUUGCGAGCUUUGCACUCGUAGAUAAUAACUUCCGAUGAGAUCCAUUUCUCUCUGAGAGCAGGCAAGGUCCGGAAGCCAUGCCGUGGUGUUAAAGGCAAACGAGAUUGACGAUAUCCUGAUCUGGUUUGGAAUAAAGUAGCGAAUGGGCCGGGUUGCACAGAGAGGAUCCGACGAGCAGAGAGUGGACAGGCAGACGUAGGCCUGAGACUGAAUGCUCUCAUCGUCAUUGCGUAUAAGUUCCUGGGUCUGGACCAAAUUUGCGUUGUUGACGUGUAGUUGACAAUCAUCUCGAUAGGGGUUACCGUACCACGCGAAACCACCACGACCUCACGGUAGGGGCCGGACUUUUGAAUCCACUAGUUCAAAUGCGUUCUAGGCGGACGCAUUCAUGUCCUAUUCCCAAAUACCCGGCCGAUGAGAAAAUGUCUUGGCGCGAAAUUCGGAUGCGUUUCUUGUAGCGUCAACUCAACCCUUCAAGUCAGCCUCGCGUGGACUCGCGGUUUGUAAACCCUUCCACCUUGCAGCACAAUUGCUACUGUUCGUUACAGUGGUGAGUGGUCAACCAAGUAUGCUAGAGGACGAGUAGUUAGUCCCUAAUCAGCCAAAUACUAAAUCGAACCUCUUUACUGGCUCGCCGGUUCUACUUCAUCUUAUCUUCU